CUCGCGCCCAACCCCUGGCGCGCCCGCCGCGCCCGGACAGGCCCUCGGCGAGGGCAAGGGCAGACUCGCGCCCCGACUCCCUCUUCCCUUCCCCUUUCAACUUUCCCCAUCCUGUUUCCCUUCCCGCUCCGUCUCUCCGCCUCACCCUCACUGACGACGGCGGCCCCUUACGGAGAAGGAACGGAAAUAAUGGAAAGCUGCCCUCGGUCAAGAUGGCGCGGCCGGCGUCAGCUCCAAGAGGCACCGGGCCGACCGGGCCUGCGGACGCCGGAGUGGCUUCGCGCGAGCCUCGGGGGCUCCCGGGCGGCGCGCUGCAUUGUGGGGUGGCGGUGGCGGUGGCGGCGGCUGCUGCGACGCGGAGCCGAGCGCCUGAGCGUUUGCGGGGCCGAGGCCAUGGCUUUCUGGGCUGGGGGUUCGCCCAGCAUCGUGGACUAUUUCCCCAGCGAGGACUUCUACCGCUGCGGCUACUGCAAGAACGAGUUGGGCAGCCGCUCCAAUGGUAUGUGGGCACAUUCCAUGACAGUACAGGAUUAUCAGGAUCUCAUAGACCGAGGAUGGCGAAGAAGUGGAAAAUAUGUGUACAAACCUGUCAUGAAUCAAACAUGUUGUCCUCAGUACACAAUAAGGUGCCGACCUUUACAGUUUCAGCCUUCAAAAUCUCACAAGAAGGUUUUGAAAAAAAUGUUGAAAUUUCUGGCUAAAGGGGAGGUUCCCAAAGGAAGUUGUGAGGAGCCGAGUGCGGUGGCUCACACCUGUAGUCCCAGCACUUCGAGAGGCCAAGAUGAGCCCAUGGACUCCACAAUGGAUGAUGCUGUUGUGGGUGACUUUGCAUUGAUAAAUAAAUUGGAUAUACAGUGUGAUCUUAAGACACUCAGUGAUGACGUCAAAGAGAGUUUAGAGAGUGAAGGAAAAAAUUCGAAGAAAGAAGAACCUCAUGAAUUACUUCAGGCACAAGAUUCCGUAGGAGAGAAGUUGGGCUCUGGUGAACCAUCACAUUCAGUUAAAGUUCACACAGUUCCUAAGCCAGGCAAAGGGGCUGAUUUGAGUAAGCCUCCAUGUCGAAAAGCAAAGGAAAUCCGGAAAGAAAGGAAAAGGUUAAAACGCAUGCAGCAGAACCCAGCUGGAGAACUUGAGGGUUUCCAGGCUCAAGGUCACCCACCAUCUUUGUUUCCACCAAAGGCUAAAUCCAACCAGCCCAAAUCACUCGAAGAUUUAAUUUUUGAAUCUUUACCAGAGAAUGCAUCACACAAGUUAGAGGUGAGGGUGGUGAGAUCAUCUCCACCAAGUUCGCAGUUCAAAGCCACACUUCUGGAGUCUUACCAGGUCUAUAAACGUUACCAGAUGGUUAUUCACAAGAACUCACCUGAUACGCCAACCGAGAGCCAGGUGAGGUUAGUACCUGCCUCCUUUGAGGACCCAGAGUUCAAGUCGUCUUUCAGCCAGUCCUUUUCUUUGUAUGUCAAGUAUCAAGUGGCCAUACACCAGGAUCUACCCGAUGAAUGUGGGAAGACUGAGUUCACAAGAUUCCUUUGCAGUUCACCCUUGGAGGCAGAGACUCCCCCUAAUGGGCCAGAUUGUGGCUAUGGCUCCUUUCACCAGCAGUACUGGCUUGAUGGAAAGAUCAUUGCUGUGGGGGUGAUUGACAUCCUCCCAAACUGUGUGUCAUCUGUGUAUUUGUACUACGAUCCUGAUUAUUCGUUUUUGUCUUUGGGUGUCUACUCUGCACUACGAGAAAUUGCUUUUACUAGGCAGCUUCAUGAGAAAACUUCUCAACUCAGCUAUUAUUAUAUGGGUUUCUACAUUCAUUCGUGUCCCAAGAUGAAAUAUAAGGGUCAGUAUAGACCUUCUGAUUUGCUGUGCCCCGAGACAUAUGUUUGGGUCCCCAUUGAGCAAUGCCUGCCUUCACUUGAAAACUCCAAGUACUGCCGUUUCAACCAGGACCCAGAAGCAGUGGAUGAAGAUCGCAGUACGGAACCUGACCGAUUGCAGGUGUUUCACAAGAGAGCCAUCAUGCCUUAUGGUGUUUAUAAGAAACAGCAGAAAGACCCGAGUGAGGAGGCCGCUGUUCUGCAGUAUGCCAGCCUGGUGGGGCAGAAGUGCUCCGAGCGGAUGCUGCUGUUCAGAAACUGACCUGUUCGCCUCUGCCGGGGGUUCCCCUGUUGUGCUGAUGGUUUGUGUCAGGGUACUUACUCAGUACCUGUGGAGAAAUAACUGUCACCACCCACAAAUUAAGACAUUUUUUAUUUUGACUAUCUAUGGCUUUUAAAAAAUAUUUUGUGGCAAUGUAUCUGUGAGAAUCUCAUGGUUAAUAUAAAGAUUUUAAAACUGUGUUGUGACCUAGCCCCCGUAAUUGGGGUUUAUCAUUUUGGAGGUUUCUUUCUAGAGCAAGAUAUGCUCAGAUUCUCCUGUUUAAAUUUUGUAAAAUGAAGAAGUGAAUCUAAGUAACUUAAUCACAGUUGUGCAUUUUUUUUUGGUUCUGUUAAAGAAAUUUAAACAGACUUUCCUCAGGCCCAUUUUAAACAUGAACUUAGGAAACCUUAAGUAUGGGGAAGGUAGAAAGUUUGUUUCAUCACUUAGAAAAUAUGUCUUCUCAAGAACAAAACUGUGUGCUGUUACUCAGUGUUCAAUAUUAAAUUGCUGCCAAAUGUUAUGUAGUUUAAUAGAGAACUUGAAAAAAUAAAACAUUAAAAAGGAUCUUGUGUUAGCAUCAGGUAUCCAUUUGUUCAGGACAGUCCUGUUCAUGUCUGUUGUCUUGGCAUAGUUUUUUUCCCUAGAAUAUAGUACUCCCUUUUACUCUAAAAAAAAAUCCCAGUUUGGACAAUAAAAUACAUAAUUACUCUAGUUAUAUUAUUUGCUUUAUUUCUAAAAAUGUAAGAAACUAAAGUUUUAAAAGAAAAACGUUGGUUCCUGCCUUGAUGUAAGCCUCAUCCAAAGGAAAUAGUCCCUAGUUUUUUAUCUUACAACUCAGGACAUUUAUCUUUGGUUGUUAAUGGAAAUUAGUUAGUAUGUGAUCACUUUCGUAGUUACGCCCAAAUCACAUGUAAGAAGGAAUCAUUCUGACCUCUGUUCCAGGAUAAGAGCUAGAACAAUCCAUUUCUUGCCCUUUGAUGUGAGAGUCAGAGUCAGGGUGGCUUCUGCCCCCCUGAGUAACUCAGAGCGGAGGCCAGCCCCCUCCUUCCCUCUCAGAGGCCAGCCGCCUCCUUCCCUGUCACUCAGAGCGGAGGCCAGCCCCCUCCUUCCCUGUGACUCAGAGCGGAGGCCAGCCCCCUCCUUCCCUGUGACUCAGAGCGGAGGCCAGCCCCCUCCUUCCCUGUCACUCAGAGCGGAGGCCAGCCGCCUCCCUCCCUCUCACUUUCUUUUGCUGAGUCCUUUGCCCACCUGUCAAGGUGGCAGGCACUGUGCUGGGUACAGGAGGAGAGUCAGACAUGUCCCUUAGCUAUAGUCGAGCUGUCUGGGAAACAGGAUGAAGAACAGAGGAGGGUUAUUUUCUUGUGCCCUCUUUGUCAGCUGAUCCCCUCUUCUGCUACCAGCUGUUUGGCCAGCAAGCCCUUUUUAGUCCCCACUUUGCCCAUUGUUCUGUUUUGGUUCAUCCUUUUUUAAAAGCUAUAUUAUAAAACAUGGUAGUUUGAAUCCUGUUGCUGAUUUUAAACUUUUCUCUAAAAUGUACUGAAUUUUGACAAAAAUUUGAAAAUACCCUUAGCUAACUAGAAUAAAAAGGAUCAUAAAAGAAUGAUUUUAAAAAUGAAAUCUGUGGAAACUCAAAAUCCAAGUCAGCCAUAUUUCUUCAUUCAGAGUGUGUGUGUCACCUGCCAGGUGCUGAGUACUCUCCUAACCAUGCUAGAGUAGUGAGCAAAGCCAUUUUCUCUGAUCACAAGAUUUUACAUUUUCCUGGGAUUUUGACCUGCAAAAUAGUCUCGUAAGAGCAUUGGAGAAACUUACUUGGAACUGCCUUCAGACUCUAUAGAGCUUUUUUUCUCUUUUUCCUCUAAAAUGAAAAGAGUUUCAUUUUAUAACAAAAGUGAUACUGUAAGCAGAACAGUAAGAAGUAUAAAUAAAAAGUAAAAAUCAUCUAAAACCCUACCAUACUCAAGAACUGUCAUGUAUGUAUACACACACCUAUGUAAUUUUAAUACAAUUAGAAUUAUGUUCUACAUGCUGUUUCAUUUCCUCAACAGUAAAUUUUGAACAUGUCUGAAAUUUGAAAUAAAUUUCAAAAUAAAGCUUCAGAAAGUGUAGUAAGUAAUCUCUGCACUAUUAAAAAUAAGCAGGGUAGGGCUGGUACGUGGCUCCCUUAGUGUUUGGAUGUCCAACUUAAUGUUAUCACUGCAUCUUUCCUCCUUUUGUCUUUGUGAUGAGCAUGUAAAAUGGUAUUCAUAAAGAUCACAACCCUUGAAUAUCAAAUGAAGAGAAAACUUGAUUUCAACAUCUUACCACAACUCUGGUUUCUUCCUGCAGAAUUCAUUUUCAGAGGAAAAUGAUGAAUCAUCCCUGUCUGAACCACUGUGCUAUCCCUGAGGGUGGCAUUGGAGCUUGACUCCAGCAAAGCCUCAGAGUGACUUGAGCAUGGAGAUCGUUCUACUUGGCUGCCGUAUUCAUUAUGUUUGUUUGUUUGAUACAUUGAUCUGAGUAGUCAAAGUGUCUUAAAAGGACACCUGUGUGUCCUUUUGAAUCCCAGCUGAGUGAAUAUUGAUAGUGAGCUAGAAAAGCAUAGUCAAGGAAAGUGACCCAACCUUAUUACUUGACCAGCAGUCUAGCUGAGAGAUGUGAUUUUAUGUUCGUGGCUUUCUAUAAAGAAAGACACAAAGACUUUUCAAAGACAGUUCCUAUCUUUCCAAGGCAGGAAACUUUGCAUUUGCAAUCUCAGUAUUGUGUCCCCUUCUGAUUUCAAAUACAUUACACCUGCCUUCCUGUUUUGGGAGCAAAGAUGUAAUUUUGAUUCCCUGUGCUACCAUCCUUAUUUAAAUUAUUUCCAUUCUAAGAGAUUUUUGUUAUUUUUUUAAAUGUAAUCUGAGCACUUUUUUUGUAUUCUAAAAGAUAGAUGCUAUCAGAUAAAUAUACUGUUCAUUUGAUUAAAAUUAUUUAGAUAAAUAUUACUCUGUUGACUUUUAAAUAGCUUUAUCCUAUUUUUCAUUCAUUUUGCAAAUAUUUGUUGUGUGUAGUUUCUUAACAUGUCAGAAUCUAUUAUGUAAAAGAACCUUUUCAGAUUUCUGAACAGUAUAUGCUUUGAUUUUAUGGGCUUUAUAUUAUUUCAGUAUGAAUACAGAUAAGGAAUGUGAUGGACAGUUAACUAGAAUGUAUCUGACGUUGCUAACUUGAAAGAGAUGAAGUAGAAACAGUUGGAAAAUGUUUGAAUUAGAAAUUAUUCAAGUGCACAUUCUUUUCUAAAAGAAAACCAAUGACUAUAAGGCAAAACAAGUUUGAUUGCAUGUGGUAUUUUUUGCUCCCGUAUAUGCUUUUUGAACAAGUUAUUUGAUAAAGCCUGAAUGGAAAAAAUAAAGCUGUUUCUAUCUGCA